AUGGCGAACUCAACUAUAAGGAUUGAAUCUCUAAAUCGAGAAAAUUACGACAGUUGGAGGAUUCAAGUACAGGCAUUACUUAUAAAGAAUGAUGCCUGGCCAUAUGUAAGUGGGCGUAAGCCAAGACCAGUGGAUAUAACAGAGCUGGAGAAAUGGGAAACGGAAGAUGAAAAGGCGCGAGCAGAUAUUAUUUUAUGUAUGAGUGGCAGUGAGUUGCGGCACGUACGAGGGUGCACUACUUCACGCGAGGUAUGGCUUAAGUUGGAAUCUUUGUAUGCUUCGAAAGGUCCAGCGAAAAAGGCAACGUUGUUAAAACGACUGACUCUACAUAAAAUGGUAGAAACCGAUGACUUACGAGAGCAUCUGAAUGGAUUUUUUGAUGCAGUAGAUAAGUUGGGUGAUAUGGGUGUAAACAUACACGAGGAUCUGCUCUCCAUAAUGUUAUUAUACAGUUUACCGGCGAGUUUUGAGAACUUCAGGUGUGCCAUAGAAUCCAGAGAUGAGGUACCCCAUCCAGAUUUUUUGAAAGUUAAGAUCUUGGAAGAGUACGAGUCGAAGAGACAAAUGGCGAAUCCACCAGAAGGGGUGCUGUAUUGUCAUAGUAAAAAGUAUGGAAGAUCGUUCGUUAAGAAUAGAAAGGAAAAGACAGAUUUUAAGUUUAAAUGUUAUAAAUGCCACGAAUUGGGUCAUAAAGCCAAGGACUGCAAAAAGAAGAGAGAGACUCAAGGAGGGAACUUAGCACAAAACUUCGUUAAAAACUAUAGUCUAAUGUUAUAUAAUGUUUCAGAUCCAGAACAAUGCAAUGCUUCCAAUAUAAUGUGUAAAAACGACUGGAUAUUGGAUAGUGGGUGCACGUCUCAUUUAUGUAACGACCCGCGUAAGUUCGAAUCUCUGAACAACAAUUCGGAUAAACUGAACUUAGCUACAAACCUGAGUACUAAUAUCAAAGCCGGAUUGUUGGAAGAAGAAAGCAAGACUGCACAGAGAUCAAGAUCACAGAUGCCAACAACAAGAAGCCAAAGAACAGCCAUGGAAGCUCAAUCAAACGAAGAAAACACCGCCGCCGUCACGUCGCCUGUCGCCGCCACGCCGACCGUCGCCGCCACUACGUCGCCUGCUGCCGCCACUACGUCGACCACCACGACGUACACGUCCUCGGAACCUACUGCUACCACGGAGACUUCCGCGGAGACUUCUGCGGAGACUACCACAACAAUUCCAAGGGCGCCGCGCACCACAGCUUCAAAAAAGAAGAAAGAAUUGGCUAAAGCCAGAGAAGAAUUGCUACGCAAGGAGGUAGAACUGGCCGCCGCACGCGUCGCAGCAUUGGAGGCGGACACGGACGACGAAGAGGAGGACGAAAAUGAAGAGGACGCCGCCACAUUAAGAAGAGAGAGGACUACGGACUGGAUUCGCCGGACGAGCACAUUGGCACUCACAAUGGAGCCGCACACAGAGAGGACGACCGCCGACUUGCAUCAGGGGAUUAAUAUCUCAUCGAUACCCGCCGGAGAGGGAACGAAAGCGCCGCAGCCGCAGCCGUGCAGCGACGCAUUCCGACGGGACCAUGCAAGCCACAACGGUCCGAGGGAAGACUCCAUAGCACCAAUGAUGCCAACGAAGAAAGAAGAGGAUUCACUGAAGGGGGGCAUCGACUAUAAGGAAUUGGCGACUGCAAUGACUAUGGCAGCUCGCGCAAUUCAGCCUUCCACAGUGCCGCGAGUCACAGAACUACCACCCUUCAACGGCGCGUCAAGCGAAUGGCUGCCCUGGAAGAUGGCCUACGAAGAGUCUGCGGGGCAGCUGACCGAGCAAGAAAACUUGGGUAGAUUACGUCGGUGUUUAAAGGGUGCGGCCAAAGAGGCUGCACACUGUCUUUUCGUCGGGGAUACGUCUGCAGCAGAAGUAAUACAAUUACUUGCUACGAGGUUCGGCCGUCCAGGAGCACUCGUGAUGGCCGAGAUGAAUAAACUUCGUGCGCUGCCGCGGCUGUCAGACAACCCCAAGGACAUCUGUCUAUUCGCAUCCAGAAUAGCCAAUGUCACUGCAACAAUUCAAGCCCUGAAGAAGAACCACUAUUUGUACAACGAAGAAGUGACAAGAUCCAUCACGGAGAAGAUGCCUUCUGCGCUACGAUUCAAAUACUACGACUUCGUAGCAGAACAGCCAGCUGAUCAACCGGACCUGAUAACGCUCUCCAAGUUCCUGCAAAUCACCGCAGCCAGGUGCGGUGACUUCGCACCCGCCGAAAUAAUAGUAAAUGAAGACCGGCGGGAGCCAGCAACGAAGAGAAGCGUGAAAACAUACAUCACGCAGGAGAAACCGACUUCACCGCCGUGUCCGACGUGCAACAGGGAGGGACACGCACCACCCGAUUGCAUCACUGUGAAGAACGCCGAGCCACAAGCAAGAUGGGAGAUAGCAAAAAAACACAGGCUAUGUUUCCGUUGCCUGAGGAUAAAAAGAUUUCGUCACAACUGCAAGACGAAGAGAUGCAACGUUGGUGGGUGUACACACCUACAUCACCCACUCCUGCACGUCGACACUAUAGAGAAGAAGGACAGCGAGCCCUCCGAUGAUAAAGCAGCCGCAGUCGUCGCGUCUGCGAGAGAAGAUAAGAAGAUCGCAUUCCUCAAGAUAGUGCCGAUACAAGUGAUCGGUCCCAAAGGAACGUGCGAUACAUACGCACUCCUGGACGACGGCGCAACGUGCACCAUCAUCGAAGAAGCAACAGCGAAGCAAAUCGGCGCCACUGGCCCUCCCGCACCCUUCUACAUAGAGGCCGUGGCCGGGACACGUAUAAACGCCGAUGAAUCGAAGCUUGUCCACUUCACAAUACGGGGACGAAGAUCGGAAGAUCAUGCCGUGUCUGCGCGAACCAUGAAGAAACUACUGUUAUCUCCACAAACAGUAUCACGCAGCACAAUAGAAGACUGUCCACACUUGUACGAUAUAAUAGAUCAGCUGACAUAUGAAGAAGGUCAACCGACGGUUCUGCUGGGUCAAGACAACUGGCAUUUGCUGCUCGCACAUGAAGUCAGAAGAGGCAGUAAGACACAACCGGUCGCAUCACUCACCGACCUGGGUUGGGUGUUGCACGGCACGGGAGCGGCGAGAGCGAGACAGCAAGUGCACAGAAUCAGUCACUUAGUCGACGGGCAAGAAAAUGAAGAAUCCAUAGAGCGAUUAAUGAAAGAACACUUCGCUCUCGAAUCACUGGGCGUUACACCGAAGCGCUCAUACAAUGAAGAGGAACAACGCGCGCUGAAAAUAUUGCAAGAAAAAACUCGCCCGUUACCGGCGGGAGGCUACGAGACCGCGUUGCUAUGGAAACGCGAUAACGCAACGCCGCCGGCUAACUACGACUCAGCAAUGCGACGCCUCGAGUUAAUUGAGAAAAAACUCGACAAGAAUGAAGACAUGAAGAACAGAUAUAAACAGCAAAUUACCACGCUGUUAGAAAGGGGAUAUGCAGAAAUCGCCCCACCGGUGAAGACUGAACGAGUAUGGUACCUGCCACACUUCGCUGUCAUCAACCCACAGAAACCGGACAAGCUGCGCAUCGUGCACGACGCCGCCGCCAAGACAAGGGGCAUUAGUCUCAACGACAUGCUGCUGUCGGGACCCGACCUACUCCAAUCACUACCUGGGGUCCUCAUGAGGUUCCGACAGCGCCGUGUGGCGGUCACAGCGGACAUCAAGGAUAUGUUCAUGCGUGUCACAAUACGAGAAGAAGACCGAGACAUGCAACGGUUUCUAUGGAGAGGAGAUCGACGCCAGGGUCCAGCUGUCGAAUAUAGGAUGAAGAGCGUCAUCUUCGGGGCCACUUCGUCGCCAUGCACGGCGAUAUACGUGAAGAACAAGAACGCCGAACUACAUAAAGAAGAGUUCCCGGAGGCGGCUGCAGCGGUGGUUGUCAAUCACUAUGUUGACGACUACCUCGCUAGCUUCGACACUGAAGAGCAAGCCGUACGAGUCUCAAGCGAGGUCGCCUACAUCCACAGCCGGGCGAACUACUAUCUUCAGCGCUGGGCAUCGAACUCGCGCCAUGUACGAGAAGAGUUCUCACAUAGAAAUGAAGAGAACAUGGUGCAACUCGACGCUGAGAAGAUACUGGGAAUGGUGUGGCGGCCUGAGGAAGACAGUCUCGGGUUCAACUUCAACGGGAACAAACUUCCGUUACACAUCAUACGAGGCGAACGCACCCCAACGAAGAGAGAAGCCCUCCGCGCCGUUAUGUCGCUGUUCGACCCAUUGGGCCUGGCCACACCCGUCACAAUACAAGCCAAGAAGAUAUUACAAGAAACGUGGCGCACGGGUAUCGGCUGGGACACCGAACUGCAAGAACGGGAAGCAGCAGCGUGGCGGAGCUGGAUAUCGCACGCACAGCAGUUACCCCACUUGGUAAUACCACGGUGUUACCCCGGUGUGGCGACGGCACAUACGACGGAGCUUCACACAUUCGUCGACGCGAGCUCAGAUGCAUACGCCUGUGUCGUAUACUGGCGGGCCGUAUGCGUGACCGGCGAGGUGCGUGUGUCACUCAUCGCAGCCAAGGGAAGAGUGGCCCCUUUGAACAAGGUCACCACUAUACCACGUCUGGAGCUGCAAGCGGCCGUACUAGGGAGCCGCCUGUCACGCACGGCUGUCGAAGAACACGAUCUGAAACCUGCCCGUCGUGUCUACUGGUCGGAUUCGCGUACCGUACUGUCUUGGUUACGCACCGGGCCGCGUGCAUUCAAGCCCUUCGUCGCUCACCGAGUCGCUGAAAUUAUGGAAGAUACGAAAACGAACGAGUGGAGAUGGGUGCCGACGGCCGACAACGUCGCGGAUGAUGCCACACGCGACGUACCAUACCAUUUCACUUCAACACACAGAUGGUUCCGGGGGCCGCAGUUUCUAUAUCGACCAGAAGAAGAGUGGCCUCAUGAAGGCGAUUCCCACCAUACGGAAAAUACAAGCGAAGAGCGCGCCCACACAAUACAAGAUGCAACACGAUUAUCUCGAGCGUUGCCCGAUCCCGCGCGAUUCUCCGACUGGAUGAAGAUCGUCCGCAGUACGGCCCGCGUAUUGCAAUUUAUAAAUAAAUUGCGACCACUCAAGCAACACUGCGCCGUCGCUACCCACAAGAGAAACAAAAAACAUGAAGACGAUCCCACGUGGCGAAGCAACAAGAUAAGAAAACCAGAACCGUCGAAAAGAAAAAACGUACGUGCGCCUGUGUGUUAUAUACCCAUAGAUACACACUACUUAGAACGCGCCCGUCGACUAUGGAUCCGCUCAAUACAAGAAGAGGCAUUCAGCAUCGAUAUAACGGCGUUGCGACGCAAUAAACAACUGUCGUCGAGUAGUCGACUUAUACAGUUGUCCGUUUUCAUCGACGAAGACAAUGUGUUGCGACUCCGCUCAAGGGUGUCGGCUGCCGUCGAUCUGUCCGCGGAGCAACGGGAACCACCCAUAGUCGACGGUCAACAUGUAUGGGUACGCCUGUACAUAGCAUGGGUGCACAGAAAACUUCAUCACGGAGGCUUCGAAACUACUGCGAACGAGGUGCGUCAACACAUGUGGGUGUUGCGCCUACGACAUGCCGUUCGUAGUGAAUUGAAGAGAUGCCAAACGUGCCGCAUCAGGAAAGCAGCACCAGCACAACCAUCAACGGGCAACCACCCACGCAGCAGGCUGGCACAUCAUCAGCGGCCGUUCACCUUCACCGGCCUAGACUACUUCGGGCCGAUGACAGUGACGGUGGGUCGCACGCAUCAGAAGCGGUACGGCGUGCUGUUCACAUGUCUCACCACGAGGGCUGUGCACCUGGAGAUCGCCGGCAGCCUCAGCACCGACUCCGCAGUAAUGGCUCUGCGGCGCUUUAUAAGCCGCCGCGGGUGCCCCACGGAGCUGUGGUCGGACCAAGGCACCAACCUCAAGGGUGCCGACCUCGAGAUGAAGAAAGCAGCCGCUGAAGCCAUGGAAGAAGAGUCGUCGGUGCGCUUUAUACGCUGGCGCUACAUACCACCGAGCGCUCCCUUCAUGGGCGGCGCCUGGGAACGACUAGUGCGCAGCGUGAAAACCGCGCUGGCCGCAACGCUGCAUGAACGAGCCCCGAAAGAAGAAGUCCUUCUCACCCUGCUGGUGGAAGUAGAACACACGCUCAACAGUCGACCUCUCACCCACGUGUCGACAUCAGCAGACGACGAGGACGCACUCACCCCCAACCACUUCCUAUUGGGAGGUCCGUCCCGCGUACCACUGCCGGGAGCUUUCGCUGAGGGCGAUACGGCGGGCAGGAAGGAGUGGCGCGCCAGUCAGUGGCUCGCUGACUGCUUCUGGAGGCGCUGGGUAACCGAAUAUUUACCCCAGCUACAACACCGGCGGGAGCCCCGAGCUACACACGGAGUCAUCAAGUUAGAAGACUUGGUGCUGCUGGCAGACGGCAACUUGCCUCGGAACUCCUGGCCGCGCGGCGUGGUGGUGGCUACGUAUCCGGGACCGGAUGGUGAAAUACGGGCGGUCGACGUGCGCACUAACAAGGGGAUACUUCGGCGACCUACGAAGAAAUUAGUAAUCCUGCCAAUCGAGCAACGCGAACUCGAAUUAAAUACAGCUUAG